AUGAAGGUGAUGAAAGACCUUGAGGGCAAGAUGUGGAGGAAGCGACUGAAGUCCCUUGGCUUGCUCAGCCUAAAGAAGAGAAGUUAUUAUUUUACAGGUGUCAGGCAACAGCAUGUCAAUGAUGCUCCUUCUGCAGGAUCUUUUCCUAACUGGAGAUCUAUACUAUCACCAACACGGCCUUCCACAGAAACCAAGACUCCCUCAGUAGCUGAUCUUUCCCUGGGACAGACUUUGGAGAAUGCAGACUUGCUUCAGAUGAUCAGAACAACGCUGACUGGCGCCCGUGCCAGGACUUUGGAUCAGAUGCACCUGUCACCCUCCCUGUACCAGGGCAGUGGGAGCAGUGCACCCCAGGAACCCGCUGAGGUCUCAGCCGAGUCGCCUCUGAGGCCGUCGUCUCACGAUGCAGAUGACACAGCUGCUCUAACAGGUUUGCCUCAGCUUGUGUUAUCUGGAGUAUCUUCUGGUGCAAUACCUACAGUAGAAACUUCAGAAGCAAAACCACUAACAAGAAAAUCAUCUCCAGCUUCACCAGUGCCAGCUUCUUCCUUCUUUUCUCUAGGCACUGAAAACACCCCUCUGCCAUCCGUGAUGGCUUUAAGCACACCGAUCCUGACACUAACAAAAAAUAACACUGCCACAAAACUGGCACCGGAUCUGAGCUCAGUAGGAACACAGGCAGAUUUUCCUUUUGCAACAAGAAACGUGACUGCCUCACCUCUGGACACGCCAGCUCUGCUCAUAACCCCCAAGAGCAGCACAGCCACAGCUUCCACACUCGCACCCACAGCCCACGUACCAAGGCAGAUAGAAACAACAGUAACUGACACCCAGAAGUUCCCGAGCUCAGACAUCACCAAAAGGCCAACCCCAUCCCCACUGACAAUGACGGCAGCUUUGACAUCUAUUACAGCAUCAGCGAAAACAACUAGGCUCCCCCCUCCUGCCGUGGAACUCAGCCCUGCUCCUCCCGGCACCACGGCAGCCGCCGCUUUCGCUAACAUGACGGCAGCUCCCUCCCUGGAUUGCCGGCUCUCUGCCAACAUGAUGGUGAAAACAGUUCUGUUUCUGAACACAAGGAGGAUGAUGAUCAGCAAUGCCUUCAGGGACAGUGUGAGAAAAGGCCUCAACCAAGUGCUGAGACAAGCUUUCAACCAGAAUGUCAGUGCUCAGGUUGAAAUCCUGGAGCAGUCGAGUAACCUGACCGUGGGUUACUACGUCACGCGGGGCAGGCUGGUUUUCACGCCGGCUGCCGUCGCCGAGAAGCUGCUGGCCUACGGCCUGGGCAACGCCACAGCUGACAUGAAGCAGCACGUGCCACACCUGCAGGCCCUGGUGGCCCUGGCCCUGCCCUGGCAGCCCCUGCCUGCCUACCACUUCCAGCUGAAGACAGAGCUGCAGUUUGUGGGUCAAACAGACAACAUUCAGUCAUGCAAAUUUGUUCAGACCAUGGAACAGCGGCUCCAGAGAGCAUUCCAGGAUGCUGAAAGAAAGGUCCUAAACACCAGCAACAACUUAACUGUUCAGAUUUUGAACACCUCCAAUGUCUCCCAAGCUGUCACUCUGUUUUAUGUAGUGAAAAAUCAAAGCACAACUCUAAAUGGCACUAUUUCCAGCAACCUUCUUAAUCAGCUGUCAGCUGAGCUGGUGGGUUUCUACCUCACCUACCCACCUCUCACCAUUGCUGAAUCUUUGGAGUAUCCAAACCUUGAUGUCUCGGAAUCAACUAGAGACUACUGGGUGAUAACAGUGAUCCAAGGGGUGGAUAUUGCUUUGCUGGGGCUGAACAACCAGAGCUUUGCCAGGCUGAUGGAGCAGCGCUUGGCCCCGCUGUUCAUGAUGUCCCACCAGCAGGGAAGGCGCUUCAGACGUGCCACCACCGUGGGCAGCUACACUGUGCAGAUGGUCAAAAUUCAACGUAUUCCAGGACCCAAGGAGCCAGCUGAACUGACAUAUUACACUUUAUACAAUGGGAAGCCUUUGCUGGGCACUGCAGCUGCCAAAAUUCUCAGUACAGUUGACUCGCAGAGGAUGGCCUUGACCCUGGGCUAUGUCAUCCAAGUUCAAGCUGAUCCUGUGGUGAAGAACCCCCCAAACAACCUGUGGAUCAUUGCAGCCGUGCUGGCUCCCAUCGCGGUGGUCACCGUCAUCAUCAUCAUCAUCACCGCGGUGCUGUGCAGGAAGAACAAGAACGACUUCAAGCCAGACACCAUGAUGAACUUGCCUCAGAGAGCCAAGCCAGUACAAGGCUUUGACUAUGCCAAGCAACACUUGGGCCAGCAGGGAGCAGAGGACGAGGUUUUACCUGUGACUCAGGAGACUGUCAUCCUUCCACUUCCAGUCAGAGAUGCUCCUGCCUCCCAGGAGAGGGAGACGACUCAGGAUGGGAGCACCAUCAAAACUGCCAAAUCCAAUGAAACAAGGAAAAGCCGCUCCCCGAGCCAGAACGGCUCCAUCCUCAGCAAUGGGUCGGGAAAGCCCAGCUCCGGCCGGAGCUCCCUGCAGAAAGUGAUGGCACCGCAGAAAGCGGCAAAAGACGAGGGGAGGAAAAGGAACGGUUUUACAUCUUCAAAGAAAAUUGUGGCCGUGAGUGAUGAAGAGGAAGGAGGGAUUCUCUUUGAUAAUGUUGCCAAAUCUGCCGUGGACCCCUUUGACACCUCCUCGGGCUCGGUGCAGCUCAUCGCCAUCAAACCCGUGGCCCUCCCUGCUGUCCAUGCUGCUUCAGAGAGGAGCCAGGAGUCUGCCAUCACCAAUGGGGAGGUGAACAAGGCUUUGAAGCAGAAGUCUGAUAUAGAGCACUACCGCAACAAGCUGCGCCUGAAAGCCAAGAGGAAAGGGUACUAUGAUUUCCCACAGGUUGAUAAUAGCAAGGCGCUGACAGACAGAAAAAGGAUGUAUGAGAAAAACCAGAAAGAACUUGACCACAUUUUAGAUCCAGAUGCAGAUGUCUCGUCUCCAUUUGCUGAGCCUAAGAACAGGCAGCCCCUGAAGAACUCAGUGUACAGAAGCAGGCAGUCCCUGAACAGUCCCAGCCCAGGGGAAACGGAGAUGGACCUGCUGGUGACUCGAGAAAGGCCGAGGCGUGGCAUCCGGAACAGUGGAUAUGAUACCGAGCCUGAAAUUAUAGAAGAAACCAACAUUGACCGCGUCAACGAGCCGCGGAAUUACGGCAGGGCCCGUCAGGCCAAGGGCCACUCGGAGACGUCGACACUGAGCUCGCAGCCGUCCAUCGACGAGGUGCGGCAGCAGAUGCACAUGCUGCUGGAGGAGGCCUUCAGCCUGGCCUCUGCUGGCCACGGGGGCCAGCCCCGGCAGGACGCCUAUGGCUCGGCCCCACACCUGCCCUACUCCGAGGUGGUGACCAGUGCCCCCGGCACCAUGAGCCGGCCACGGGCGGGCGUGCAGUGGGUGCCCACCUACAGGCCGGAAAUGUACCAGUACAGCUUGCCAAGGCCCGCUUAUAGAUUUUCUCAGCUUCCUGAGAUGGUAAUGGGUUCUCCUCCCCCUCCUGUCCCUCCCAGAACAGGUCCUGUGGCUGUUGCCUCUCUCAGGAGGUCUACAUCAGAUAUUGGCAGCAAAGUGAGAAUCCCUGAGUCCAGUGGAGCAGAUCAAGCCCAGCACCAUGAUCAGACACCUUUUGCACCGGGUUCGAGAGCUCCCAUGUCUGUCGGUCCACUCGAUCAAUCUGCUUUUCACUCAGGAAAUACGGUACCAGCAGUGUUUGCCAUUCCAGCAAACCGACCUGGCUUCACCGGCUACUUCAUCCCAACUCCUCCCACUGCCUACAGGAACCAAGCCUGGAUGCCCUAUGCUGGAGAGAAUGAGUUGCCAGGGCAGUGGGCAGACUCUGUGCCUCUGCCUGGCUAUAUCGAGGCUUACCCGAGGCCCCGUUACCAGCACAACUCCCCCUCCAGGCUCCCCAGGCAGUACAGCCAGCAGGGCAGCCUGCACCCCAGCCUGGAGCAGGCCCCGCUGGCCUCCGCCGCCGCCUCCCAGCACAGCCUGGCUGACAACGACCCCUCCGACGCGCCGCUCACCAACAUCUCCACGGCCGCCCUUGUCAAGGCAAUAAGGGAAGAAGUGGCCAAGCUGGCCAAGAAGCAGACAGAUAUGUUUGAGUUCCAGGUCUAAUGUAUCUUCUGUGCACAGUGUUUGUGUCUUGUGACCUGGGGAAGCCAAGAAAGCAGCUCCUUUAGUUUUUGGCUACAAACUUUCUGCAAAUUGUGCCAAAGCGAUGGCGUUUUAAUCUGUCUGAAAAGUCAGCACUAUGAAAUGACUUAGAGCAGAGCAAUAGGGCUCUGAAGACAUGAAAUUCCGCUUUCCAGCUAAGGAAAAGCUGCCAGGAAAGUCUUUCAUACUGAUGAGAUCAACCAUAUGCAAUUGUUUGUCACUUUGCUCUCGUAUUAUGACCCAUCCUCACUAAAGAUGCUGCUGAACAUGUCUGUGCCACAAGAAGUUUCAUUUACACGCCCAGAGGCAGAGCUGCUGAAAAUAACUUCUGCAUGCCACAACUUUGAUUAGAGAAGAAAAAACCUGCAGAACAGGGUUUGCUGAAGGCCACGGCUGGCGUGGCAGUGGCCGUGCUAAUUGUUUGCUGUGGGACAUUGCAUAAGGGGUGCUGAUUUCAGCAAUGCAGAGUCAUUUCAGCCUUUUCAUCCCAGACACUGUAUUCAAACCAAAAGAAUUCAACACAAUUAAGUAAUACAAAUAAAAGUCCUGUAAAUAGCUCAGAGUCUCUUCAUCCUAUUAACAGUGCAAAGAAGUGAAAGAAGAGAGGACUGUGGAGAAGGUGAAUGACAUUUCCAUGAUUGGUGGCUACCUUGUCAUUCAGUGUCACUGAUGAAUUAUGGAGGAGAUGGUUUUUUUCAGCGUGAAAGAAUACAAUGCAUGAAGAGCCAGCAAAGGAUAUUGGUGCUAAAAGCUUCCCAGAGAAAUGAAAAAAGGUUUUUCCUCUUUGCUCUUUAAUCGGGCUUUUCACUCUGAAUGCAUGUGAAGCUGGUAAACCUGAGACCUUUAAAUCCUUCUAACCUGGAAAAAUGAAUACACCUGCUUGGACAAGGAAACCUCUGUUCAACACAGUGCUUUUUUCCCUCUUUCUUUAACAAUGCUAUCUACUAUAGUGAUGCCAGAAAGUGCUACCUGAAGCUGCAGUUGAUUUUGAUUGCGCUGGCACGGUGAAUGCGCACCCAGGAAGUUCUGAAUGUAGAGGACCUAAUUACUAUAUUAAUAUGUAAAUAAGUUAACAGCUACAUGGAUUAACAAAAAUAUGAAUGUUCUGUGAAACAGAGAGCAUUGCCAGAAAUGAUGUUGACUUAAUAUUGUGCAAGAUAAGGGUCACUGAUUGUUACACUGCGUUGUGGUAGGAAUCCGAUCCCAAAAGAAAAUCAAACCACUUGGGAUGGGACAGUAGUUAAUAUUUUGCAGUUGUACAAACUAGUUGGAGAUCAUGAGCAGUUGUUUUCAGUUCCUUCAGCAAUUACCUUCAGGAACUGAAGUUGUUGCAAAAUUUGUUGUGUUGGGCGUGUUUGAUGUCAACUGGAGUUAAAGGUAAUGUCCUUCA